UAUUACUGGUUAAUAAUGAUUUCCCACUUCCAGGAAUCUUCAGCAGAAAAAAAGCUGCCGGCUAGAGUGAGGCCCAAGUACUGCCUUGGCCCAGGAGGGCUAGAGUUGAAGGCCAGCACCGCCUUGGACAACCAAUCUGCAGAGAACCAGAUGUGUCUUCUGGUCAUAAAGGUGGAAGAGGAAGAGGCUUACCUUUAGGAGGAGGCCAGCCCUGUUCGGGGUUCAGAAAACUCACAACCGCGCUUCUGGAACUUCCGAUACACUGAGAUCAAGCGGCCCCACGAGGCCCUCACCAGGCUCCGGUCCCGCAGCAAGGAGCAGAUCCUGGAGCUGCUGGUGCUGGAGCAGUUCCUGACCAUCCUGCCCGAGGAGCUCCGGGGCUGGGUGCGGGAGCAGCACCCCGAGAGCGGGGACGAGGCGGUGGUGCUCCUGGAGUAUCUGCAGAGGCAGCUGGACGAGCGGGGGCCGCAGAUCCCAGGUGGUGUUGAGGGGCAACUACUCUGUUGUAAGGUGGCAGCGUUGACACCAGCUCAGAGGCCACGGAACACCCAGUUGCAGCCAAUGAAGGCUUUGCUCAAGCAUGAAUCUCUGGGAUCCCAGGCCUCACCAGACAGAGUUCUCCAGGUUCCUGGGCUUGGCCCAGGAGGGACGUGCAGAGGAGACACAGUGGUGGCUGCCAGGCUGCCCCCAGAGCCCCAGGGCUUGCUGAAAACUGAAGAUAUGGCCCUGGCUUUCUGCUCUGUGUGGACACAGCUGGAUUCAUCUCGGGGCAGCUUCCACAGAGAUGAGAGGCAGGAGAACUGUGGCGGCCCGACUCCCCUGGGUGGGGACACACAGGCUGAGAUCACGGACCUGCUCCCAGGGGAGGAACGUCCAGGACAAGAGCCUGGGGAAAUACCCUGCCACCUGGGUGAAGACGUCUCCCGCAUUCCUGCCUGUGCAGAAGCUGGUGAACAGGAGGGCCGGUUACCAAGAAAGCAGAAAAAUGCCACAGGAAAUAGGCGGCACUAUUGUCAUGAAUGUGGAAAGAGUUUUGCUCAGAGUUCAGGCCUGACCAAACAUAGGAGAAUCCACACUGGGGAGAAACCCUACGAAUGUGAAGACUGUGGCAAGACCUUCAUUGGGAGCUCUGCCCUUGUCAUCCAUCAGAGGGUCCACACUGGGGAGAAACCGUAUGAGUGUGAGGAAUGUGGCAAGGUCUUUAGUCACAGCUCAAACCUCAUCAAACACCAGAGAACCCACACUGGGGAAAAGCCCUAUGAGUGUGAGGACUGUGGCAAGACGUUCAGCCAGAGGUGCAGCCUCCUUGAACAUCACAAAAUCCACACGGGGGAGAAGCCAUACCAGUGUAGCCUGUGUGGCAAGGCUUUUAGGCGGAACUCACACCUCCUGAGACACCGGAGGAUCCAUGCUGACAAAAACGUGCAGGAUCCUGAACGUGGAGAGACCUGGGAGUAUCAGGGGAGGGGGGAAGGCCAGUGGGAAAAUAACGAGGCUCCCGUGUCUUAUAAGUGUACCGAGUGUGAGAGAAGUUUCACUCAGAAUAGAAGCCUUCUCGAACACCACAAAAUCCACACUGGUGAGAAACCCUUUCAGUGUGACACGUGUGGAAAAGGCUUCACACGAACUUCCUACCUUGUUCAACAUCAGAGAAGCCACGUUGGGAAAAAAGUUCCAUCACAGUGACCCCCGUCGUACAUGUGAGAGCUGGUGCUCAUUGCUCAUUGGCCUGAAGCCACUGGGAACCCUUUCUGACCACAGAAACUGGGCUGGGACUUUGUUUACCACUUCCCAUCAUCUUAUGUCAGAAGACAGAGUCUGGCUGAGAUGUAUUGUCUUCUGCAUUCUAGAAGGUGGGUGGGGAGCAGCUUGUUUGAUAGGAGGCUACGGGAGAGUUGUCUGGAAGGGGUAGGACCUGAAAUGUUUAUUCUUACCUACUGGACUGAAGUGGGCUUCCAGACUGGCUAACCACCUCCAGCUGGCACCUUAGGAUGUCUCCUGGGCAGAAGGCUCUGUUGGGAGCUGCUGCUCUGACCGUUUUGCUUAUAAAGAAUCCUCUAUCAGUCGGUCAGAUCCAUGACAUCUACUCCCCCUUGUGCCUUGAACACAGGUGCUCAUAAACAUACAUUAAAUAUAACUGUGAGAUACCCUACAGCUCUGGAUAUGAUAUGUAGAUUUCUGAGGAACUUCUCACUACAGUCAUUUGAGCUUGUGUCUAAUUCUGAGUUAAUAUAGUGCAUUUUUUGGGGGGGUGGGGUGAGAGUGAGACUACUGUUAUAGAAGGAAUCCAAAUUUCUUGACCAGAUGGGGCAUUCCAAUGUGAAUACCUCAGACAGGUUCCUCAUCAGUAAAUCACUGUGAAUGAACGCCAGUCAUGGAAUGCCAUUCUUUAAUAUUGCUACUCUUUGCAGAGAAGAUAUUCCUAUGCAGAUAGUGUGAAAAUUAAUCAAAUCAGAGUAAAAAGAUAAAUUUACUAAUGCUCAGCAUCUUGGUUCUGAGCUUUCAGCCCUCUUAGGCCUAAGCACAUGCUCUGUAAAGCUGAAGACACUAUCCUGCCCACCACCCACUACACCGGAAAGUAUAGUAGACUGUGAUUCACGACUCACGCCUGCUAAGUUCAGACUACUUCAGGAUAUAGAGAACUCAGUUCUGACCUGAAUUCCACCAACAACCAUUGAAUGAUCUUGGAAUCAGAUUCUUUCCAAGUGCCUACCAGGAAGAAUGCAAAUGACUGACACCUUGAUUCUGGCCUUGUGGAACUGGAGUAGAGAAGCCAGCUGAGUUAACUGGGAUUUCUGACUUAAAGAAGGAGGAAAUAAUAAAUUUAUGUUGUUUUAAACCACCAAGUUUGUGGUAAUCUGUUAAGGUGGCAACAGAAAAUUAAUACAAGUAAUAUUACAAGCAUCACUUGGGAAAUUAUUAAAAAUUAAGAUUCAGACCUACAGAAUCUGAACCUACAUUUAACAAGAUCCCCAGGUGGUUGAUUUGCUUACACUCAUUUUUGAAAAUCACUGGUAAUACUAUGCCUGCUGUGGAAGUGGAACAAAGAAAUUGAAGAAGAACUCAAGUUUGCAUGUAUUUCAAAUAAAGACAAAGCCACAAAUUUUAAUGACCAGAAGAAAGAAAGAAAAAGACCACCACAGAAGGGGUGUGGGCCAAAGAUUCUGCGUUCAGAGAGUCAUAUUUUCCAUUGUAUCAGUAAGAGUUCAACCAGAAAACACAUGAUAUCUACCUACCAACCUAUCAUCUAUGUACCCAUCGGUCUGUCUGUCAAUAGACUUAUGCAUUUGGGGGUCUGGCUAAACAGUCUCUGUGAGGCUCCAGGGCCCACAAGCAUGUAGUCAGAAAGGGAAGAUAACAAGCCAUCUAGUACCUGUGUCCAUUCCUAUUGCCUCUGAUUUUUGUGAUAAAGUUAUCCUGUGAAAACGGGGCCCUUCAUUGUGGAGUUAAAUGCAGUUGGAUCAGAAGUCAAAGCACAAGGAGUCAAAGAAGCACAAGGAGGAUCCAGGGGAAGAGAGAACAACUAUAAGCCCAGGUGCUGCCUCACACCAACCAAGUGAGCCAGGUGAUUAGCAACAAUGUAUGUAGGCUACAUAAUGGCUGUUACCUCCCUCCUGCCUGUAAUUCUGAGGAGACAGUCUUCCUGCAGUGCCCCCCUCUAACAGCAACAUACUAAGAAAGAGAAUUCUGGGGAAUGUAAUUUAGCUUGGCCAAGUUGGCACAUCACAAGCCAUCACAAUCCAUCAUCCCUUGUCAAUCUUGGUACCAAUACACAUCUUCUUAACCAUACUUAAUUGCCUAAUAUCGACAUUACAAAGCUGUACUUCCAUCUACAUGAUACCAGAAUCCCCAUAAAACCAUGACUACACUAACUCUUUUCUCAGGAGAGGAUACAACAUCUUCUCCCUCUCCUUCCCCAUUAAAAAAAAAAUGUCUUAGCUGGUGUUCAUUCCUCUCUUACCUGAUUCACACUCAUUUUGAAACCCCUUAACCGGGACGCUUGGGUGGCUCAGCGGUUGAGCAUCUGCCUUUGGCCAGGGCGUGAUCUUGGGGUCCGGGAUCAAGUCCUGCAUCGGGCCCCUAGCUGGGAGCCUGCUUCUCCCUCUGCC